AGAGGGAGAGGAGAGCGAGGCGCUGCCUCUCUCAGCUGCAUAGCUCCAUCCUCCGCCUGACAGUGCACCAGUGAAUGCAUGUGGUAGCGGUCCUGUUAUCGUUUGUGUUCAUUCCAUUCCUUUACCUCUCUCUCUCUCUUCUCCCUCCGUCUCCGGUCUCUCUCAGUUAGCAGUAACUGCCUCUCCAGUGCAACAGAGGGAGAGAGAGAGAGAGAGAGAUGAAGCGAGGAUUUAUAAAGGACUGGUUCCUUCUGUUACUAAAUGCAGUUGUGUUCGCAGCAACUGCGGCUCAUCAGAAACUGUAUACCAACCACUUCCUGGUGGAGUUAGACGGCGGAGAUGGGGACGCUCAACGGGUUGCUACAGAUUCGGGUUUCAUAGCUCUCCGGAAGCUCCCAUUUGGAGAUGGACUCUAUCACUUUGCUCAUAACGGUAUUCCAAAGGCCAGGCGAAGACGCAAUACUCGAUACAAGCUUUAUCUGGAAAAGAACCCAAGGGUAAAACAUGCCGUGCAGCAAGAAGCAUUUAAUCGAAGGAAGCGAGGAUAUCGGAGUAUUCAUGAAAUUGGUAUCAUGAUGAAUGAUCCUUUGUUUACUAAACAAUGGUAUCUUGUCAACACAGGGCAAGCUGAUGGGACCCCUGGUUUGGACCUGAAUGUGGCAGAAGCGUGGGAGUUGGGCUACACUGGAAAAGGAGUAACCAUCGCAAUCAUGGAUGAUGGAAUUGAUUACCUGCACCCUGACCUUGCGGAAAACUAUAAUGCAGAAGCCAGCUACGAUUUCAGCAGCAAUGAUCCAUAUCCAUAUCCCCGCUACACAGAUGAUUGGUUUAACAGCCACGGGACACGGUGUGCUGGUGAAGUGUCUGCUGCUGCCAAUAACAACAUAUGUGGUGUGGGAGUGGCUUACUCAUCACGGGUGGCAGGCAUUCGCAUGCUGGACCAGCCAUUCAUGACUGACAUCAUUGAAGCCUCUUCCAUCAGUCACAUGCCUCAGAUUAUAGACAUCUACAGCGCCAGCUGGGGGCCAACUGAUGACGGUAAAACCGUGGAUGGACCUCGUGAGUUGACUUUACAGGCCAUGGCGGAUGGUGUUAACAAGGGUCGGAAUGGAAAGGGAAGUAUCUACGUGUGGGCCUCUGGGGACGGGGGCAGCUAUGACGACUGUAACUGUGAUGGUUAUGCAUCGAGCAUGUGGACUAUCUCCAUCAACUCGGCCAUUAACGACGGCCGGACGGCGCUCUAUGAUGAAAGCUGCUCCUCAACUCUUGCCUCUACCUUCAGCAAUGGGAGGAAGAGAAACCCAGAGGCUGGUGUGGCAACAACUGAUUUGUACGGUAAUUGCACUCUCCGUCAUUCUGGGACAUCUGCUGCAGCACCAGAAGCCGCUGGGGUUUUUGCCCUGGCCUUGGAAGCAAAUCCCACUCUGACUUGGCGAGACAUGCAGCACCUGACUGUCUUGACAUCCAAACGCAAUCAACUGCACGACGAGGUGCACAAGUGGAGAAGGAAUGGCGUGGGUUUGGAGUUUAAUCACCUCUUUGGCUACGGAGUGCUCGAUGCUGGAGGGAUGGUUAAAAUGGCCAGAGACUGGAAGACAGUUCCUGAGAGGUUCCACUGUGUUGGAGGAUCAGUGAAUGAACCACAGGCAAUCUCAUCAGACAACAAGAUGGUCCUAAAAAUAUCAACCGAUGCGUGUGAGGGGAAGGAUAACUUUGUCCGCUACCUUGAGCAUGUCCAGGCUGUGGUGACCAUGAAUUCCACCAGGCGAGGUGACCUUAACGCCAACCUGACCUCCCCAAUGGGCACCAAGUCCAUUCUGCUCAGCCGUAGGCCACGGGAUGAUGACUCUAAGGUGGGCUUUGACAAGUGGCCUUUCAUGACAACACACACCUGGGGCGAAGACCCUAGGGGCACUUGGAUCCUGGAGGUUGGUUUUGUUGGUGGCACUGAGCAGAAAGGGGUGCUCAAGGAAUGGACCUUGAUGCUCCACGGGACCCAGAGUGCUCCUUAUAUCGACCAAAGAGUGAGUGAUUACCAGUCCAAAUUGGCUAUGUCAAAGAAGGAAGAGCUGGAGGAAGAGUUGGAUGAAGCAGUGGAGAGAAGCCUGAAAAAUCUGCUGAGGAAAAACUAGUUUAGUAAAUGCUGCAUGUCAGUUUUUCGUCCCCAAAUCCCACAUUGUAGCUGCUUUGUGAUCUAACACUGAUAUAAAUGUUUCCUGUUGCAAAAUUAUCACACCUUGUUGUGAUCUUAAAUUCAUC